AUGGAAUGGUGGGGGAGGGGCAUCGAUCCAGAGUGGUUUAGUGCUGUUUUGGGUAUGCUCGAUUAUUACAUUACGAAUUCGGCGAUUUUCGAAGAGGCCACGAGGAAAGAACUCUUUUACGACUGUAUUAUGCUACUCAUGGAGAAGAAACUAGAUCGAAUUGAAGGCCUCGAGCAGGGCUUAAACAGAGUGGUUGAAUUGGAGCUUUGGCAGCGCUACUACAAUGAUUAUCUCUACGGCACUAUCACCACCGAUUACUUUCUUCUCGCAACCAACAGCAUUCAGUUCAUGAACAACAGAGUUUGGCACUGGCUCCACUCUGUUCCAGGCACCAAUUUCGUCUACGGAUCUGUGCAGGAUGGACCAACGCCGGAUGUUGUUGAGUCGGUCAAUUCGGAUGAGGAUUAA